UAAUAUGUCAAACUACAGUGCAGUGAUCGUAGAGUAAGGAUUGUUUUUGCGCGCUAGUGAUAAUAUCUAAGUAGUGAAAAAAAAGGCAAAUAGUGGUUAAACAAAAAAUGGGUAGUGUAAUCUGGGAGGAGUUAACUGACAAAGAUCAUCUCGGCCAUUUGUUUAUACUUAGCAUGAAGAAACGACCAGAUGCUGUGUGUCAGAUAGACGCAGUAACCGGCGAGAGUGAGACCAGUGCAUCUGUUUUGUCUCGUUCUAUAGCUGUAGCAAGAUGCUUCAGAAGACUGGGAUACCAAGUGGGGGACGUGAUGUCACUGAGCGGACCUAACAAUAUUAACCUCCAUAUUCCGUAUUACGCUGCAUUGAUGAACGGCUUGCCUAUCGCCGGAGUGGACCCUACGUUCAAGUAUGAUGAACUAGAACAAGCGUUGAGAGUGACCAGGCCGCGGAUAUCAUUCUGCAUGAAGGCUGCAUACGACGACCAUAUUCGUGCGAUUCAAAAACUGCAACUCGAUACGAGAGUAGUCACGUUAGACGACGGAGAACAUUCUAUGGCAGAUUUCGUUGAAAUAUACGACCCUAAAGAUAUUAAUGAUGCGGAUUUUGAACCUGCUGCAUUUGACCCAGAGAAGACUUUUGCAUGGCUAGUAAGUACCAGUGGCACCACUGGCAUAUUCAAAUCAGCAGCAAUUACUCACAAAUCAAUAAUGGAUUUCAUUCGCAUAUAUUUUGACAGAAAUAUUGUGAACAUGAGGAGGAACAAGAAAAUACUGACGCUAUCACCAGUUCAGUGGAUAACCGGCUUUUCUAAUGCUAUUUAUAUACCAGCAACAGAAUCUAUUAAGCUGCAGACUUCGUCGCCAUCUAUGGAACACAUUAUUGAUAUUAUCAACGAGUACAAGCCCAACAGGGUAUUAACUAGCUAUUCAACUAUAAGAGACAUUCUGAAGCAUGAAAAGAAAUGCGAUUUAAGUUGCUUUGAUGCAAUUAUGCUCACUGGUGCAAAGAUUCAUAAGGAUCUAAUAAUGGAUUUAAAGUCUCGAAUGCGGAAAGAUGCACUGUGUGUUGAAGUUUACGGGCAAACGGAAAGUCUAGGGCCUGUAAUUCAGCCGAAUUUUAACGGACCAUUAGGCAGUUGCGGAAAAGCCUCAGAGAUCUCUUUAGUUAAGCUGGUAGAUCCUGAAACUGGAAAGGAAAUCACAGAACCCAACAUUCCCGGUGAGAUGUGGACAAAAGGGCUGAGUUUCACAGAGUAUUACAACAAUCCAGAGGAAACAGCUAAGGCUUUCACGGAGGACGGCUGGUACAAGACCGGAGACCUUCUGUACAGGGACCAGGAUGACAACUACUAUUAUGUAGAGCGAAUUAAAAUGCUCAUUAAAUAUAGAAGCUAUCAUGUGACUCCAGUAGAACUGGAAGAGUUGAUACGAACUCAUCCGAGCGUGUUGGAUGUGGGCGUGACGAGCGUGCCAAAUGAGCUCGAUGGCGAACAUCCCGUUGCGGUUGUGGUCCGGAAGCCGGGGACUUCCAUCACCGCUCAAGAGAUAAAGGAUUUGGUUGCUAGUAAAGUAUCCAAUAGCAAAUUAUUAAGAGGUGGUGUAGUAUUCGUGGACGAGCUGCCGUUAACUUCAACAGGAAAAGUAGCGCGUAUGAAACUCCGGCAAAUAGCGUUCAAUUCAAACAGAGAAUAAGGAUAUUUAAAUUAAAAUACAAUUUAAAUUAA